AUGUCGGAACCCACGGAUCAGAAAGGUGCUCCCAUUACGGAUGGAGAUCUUUAUUCGGUUUCUUGGGACGAUUUGAUUGGUGGAGGAGCGUUUAGUAAGGUUAGAAAUGUCCAAUUUUUCACGAAUUUUGUGUUGUUUGAUUCAAACAAGUUUUUCAAUAGGAAAUCUUGUGGAGCUUGUGAAAUACUUAUCAUUUUAUCGAUUUUUCGAGAAAAAAACAAAUAACAGCUUUGACUGCGAAAUUUCUAUAUCGAAGUUUAAAACAAAGGCUGAAUUUGAUUUUCUGGGAAACAUUUUACUGAAAUUUAGUAGCUUGACGAACAGAUUGACGGCUUUUUUAAAUAAAAGAAAAUUAACCCGAUUCAGAAGUAAUCAUUUUUUCCUUUCCUUCAACUUUAUUUAAGGUUUACUUGGGAAGGACCAAAGCGGGUAGAAGAGUUGCCGUGAAAUAUACAAGAUCGAAACGGGACAUCGAAGCGGCCAGAAAUGAAGUGAAGCUAUUGAAGCAAUGUGCUGGAGCUUUGAAUAUUGUACAGGUUGGAUUCAAAAAAAAAAUCCCCCUUUGAAAUGUGUUUCCAGUACAUCGGAAGUUGCUAUCGGCCCUAUCGAAGUGAUGAAACUGGGCCUCCGCUGGAGGAUUACACUUUCGCCAUGGAAAUGGCCCUGUUUAGCUUGGAAAAGUUCAUGCAGAUGCCCGGAAACGCUCGCGGUUUAGAGAUGUUCGUCCUUAUCGAUUUGAUCACCGAUUGUGGUUGGUUUUUUCGUUAGCCUUGAAAAAUGUUGAAAAACUUGGAAAGAAAAGCUAAAAAUAUCUUUCAGCAUCGGCUCUCGUGACAUUGAAAGAGAAGAAAAUCGCCCAUCGAGAUAUCAAACAUAUGAAUAUUCUGGUCUUUCCGGGAACCCCGACCAAAGGACGGAGGUUUCUAUUCGAUCUCUUUGAAAAUAUAAUUUAUACCUUCAGAUCAACCUAUCUGUUCAAACUUUGCGAUUUGGGCGGUUCUCGGACUGUUGAAGACGAUCAAGGAAUGAAGACCCUUGUCGGGACUCCCAACAUGCUCGUGAGUAUAGUUUGAUCAAUCCAGAGAUUUUUGAACACCUGUGCCGGAGUUAUAGCAGAUCCACAGUUAGAAAAAGCCCUGACACGAAAAGAAAAUAGAUAGUGCAUGGUCGGUGGAGAGCGCAGACAAGCUUCUUUGCGUUUCAAGCUAGCCUUGAAUCAGAUUUAGCUUAUUUGAAAAAUUAUUUUUUGGGAAUUUCAAAGAGUUUCAUGAAUUUUUCGAGUCGUAAAGUCGAUCCCGAAGUAUCUUAGGUCAAGACAAACUUUCGCGCCUUUAGCAAGACCUUUUUUAUGUCUUCGAAAAAGUUUUUCAAAUCAGACGCAGAAAAAAGAGAAAGAAGAAGUCAAACUUGAAACCAGGAAAAAUCGGAAAAUUGCGGUUUUUUGAAAAAUGUGAGGUACUAUUAAAGAGACAUAACGAGGCGAAGUUCUGCAGAAAGUUAUUUCAAAAAAAGCAGAAUUACUUCAAAAAAAAUAGCAUUUUGAAUAUUCCAGCACCCAUGUAUGGCUGAAGAACUGUGCUACGGACCUGUAGACUGGAAAACGAAGGAAAGUUAUACGGCGGAGCAGUGCGACCUCUGGUCUCUCGGCUGCACCUUGUAUUUCUGCGCGACCGGCUCUUUCCCCUUCAAACAUGAUAACAACGAUCGAUCUCUCUACUAUAAUGGCGUGUCCCGGCUGCGCGAGAAUCCCGGUUCGUGGUAAAAUGAGAAAAAUUAGCUUGUUAGCUGAUGAAUCUCUGAAAGGUUGAGCUUGCAAGGAAGGUCAACUUUUUUACGGUUGCGAUUUAACUGAAAAUUGGUCAGAGCACCAUUUGGAUGUACUAGAAAAAGAUUCUGGAAGCCUCAACCAGCACAACUUCCUAGUUUUCGAGAAACAAGACCUCAAAGUCAAAGAAAACCUUUAAAAUCUGUUUAAGUAGACUAUUCUUGAGCUUCAAGCUCUUAUUUUUCAGAAACUAGGAAGUUUUGCAGGUUUAUGCUUUCAGAAUCUUUCUUUGGUUGUUUUCGAGGUUAUCAUUCGAAUUUUCAAGAAAUUUCCAACCGCAAGGUACCAUAACCUUCCUUGUAAGGAAAUCAAGCCGUAAUUCAAAAAUUUCGAGCUUUUUCAUAGAAAUCGACUGUUUUUGAGACUGAAUUUUCAGUUCAAAUUUCGACUCUUGCAAAUUCGCAACAGCUCAAUUUAUUGGAAGAAAAGUUAUUGGAAAUUUUUUUUCAAGGAAAUCAGAUGUGAAAAGAGGCUCACAUAUCGAGUAUUGUCAUAUUUCAAAACCUUUUCUAGGAGCUCUGAAGGCGCGAUAAAUAAAGGUCUCGAGACGAAAGGCUUUUUUGUAUUGUGUCUAAGGAUUUCUAAAAAAUCGUAGAUUAUUCAGUCUCUAAAUGAAUAUUUCCGAUUCAGAUGCCAUCGCGAUGGAGCACCGUUGCACAACGAAGCACAUGAACAAGCGUCGAUACGAAUUCGCUCCGAUUGAAGUGCUUCCGAAUAAAAGAAAUCGAUAUCCAAAGUGAACCCCUGAAAUUUUCCCAUAAUCUUGUGCCUUUCAGAUGGUUCGUCCACAUGAUGACGAUGCUCCUGCGAGGAUUUUUCCACGAACCGUCGAUGACUAACUUUGCCAGUGUGGCCGAGUCGCUCAAAAAAGCCCCUCGCCGCGUGUUCCUCUCCAUCGAUCAGCUUUCUAUCGUCUAUCACUCGGAUCUGAGUGCUGAUCGGCACGUUGGGUUCGAUCCAACCUUGUUGGAACCCAAGAAAAUGGAGCUUCAGAAUCAACUUCCCGUCGCUUUCCGAAUGCUUUGACUAUCCGAAAGGCACGCCGUUGAUGCUCAUCUCGAGGAGCAACAUGACUCUGUUCGGACCUAAGGACAAAGCUCUCAGUAGGCUGAGGGACGAGGAGUUCCUGGUACUGCCACUUUGUCCGGAAGUCUCCUGUCGCAGGUUCCCCGCCUUGAGAACCGAUUAUAGAGGUGGGAAUGGUGUUGUCCUACUAGAAGGCUCUAAAGAAAUUGAAAUUUUGAAUUUUCUAGAAUUCCCUGAACAUGUUUGAUUUUUACAGUUCUUUGUCAAAAUGUUUGAACUUUUUCAAAUUUUCGUGGUUUUUAAUGGUUUUUGUAGCUCUCCCUUGGAAGCGAAAGGGUUCUUUAAAAGUCUUUCCUCUUCAUUUUUCGUUUUCCAAUUGAUUCCUCUUCAGAAGAUGUUUCGAUGCCAGUUUCGGAACUAUUUUCCACGCGGCUCACGAUGAUUGCCGACGCGAUUGAGUCGUUGAACAUGUCCGACACCUUUAUUCAACUCGUUUCUGAGCUUAAAAUAAUCCUAUCCCGCCAAUUUGAUUUGGUAAAAUCAUUUAAACUCGAAAUAAAACAAAAAUAUUCGCAGUUGAUCGAGGAGAUGAGCUCGGAGCCGGCGUCGAUUGCUGCCGUUUCCAGAUUUUCCGUCUAUUUCGAGACGGCUUGUGUUCCCCUGGUCGUCUUCAAUUCGGGAGCUUCUGAAGAUGUUAGUUUUUCAAUGGUUUUAAUCAUAUAGGCUAGUGUCCAAUGAAAAUGUUUCUUUUUUUUUUAGCAGAAAUCGGUUCUUAGCCGCUGUUGUGAAGCCUCCAACAAGAUUGGCAAAGAACUCGACCUUCACAUUGGUAUUUCGAAGAGAAAACGAAAUGUUCUAUCAAUCUUCAUGUUUCAGGAAAAAUUCUGAAGCUUGUUGAUUAUUGCAAGAAGCAGAAGAUACAUGUGGAGAAGGAUUUCGAGCUGGAUUAUGUUGAUUUGCCGAAUAUUAAAGGUAUUUUUUCGAGUUUUUAUGAUCUUUGAAUGUCCUGGAAGUCAAUCGCUUAAGCCAAUUUUCAUAUAAUUUUUUUCUCAACCAAAAAAAAGUUUUAAGAAGAACUGGAGACCUUUUUCGUGGAAGACAAACCCUUGAUUUUGGCUACCCACGAAUAUGCCAAGGAAUUGGCCCUGAAAUGCUAUGAUCGACGUUGUGGCCUUCUGCGGCAGUUUUUCGAGCCCGUCGAUGGCAAAAAUAUGAUCCAGCGCAUGAUGAUGGUCGCCAAGUACGUCUUUCUCGUUUGAAUCUGAAUUUGAAGCUCUGAAAUUGAUGGUUUUUUUCAGGUGAAAAAAACUUGAAAUUUAUUUAUUCUAUAAUUUCUAUUUCUAGCUAGCGAGGUAGCUUAUAGUGGUUCAAAAAGAUUUUUUUGCGAAUUUUUUUCUAAAUUAUUUCGAAAAAAAUAGUUUCUUAAAAGUCCAUUCAUGCAACGAUUUGCUUAAAAUUUCAACUUAUUCGUGCUCAAAAACCUUUGUUUCUGGACAUUAUGGCUAGAAAUGAAUUUUUAAAGCCAAAAGUGAGAGAAAAUACAACCUGAAAAGUAUUUUUUACCCUAAGAAAAAUCUCUUUUUUCCAGCGGCCUCAACGAGAUCCGGGACCGUUUCCGUUAUUGUCGGACCCAGGUUUUGGAAUGCGUCGAAAUGCUCGAAAAACCUUUCCAGGAAAUGAAGGUGAAGACCAAAUGAUUUAUUUUUACCUUUGAAUAUUUUAUUUCAGUCUACGAUUGGUAUGAACUUCGCGGCACAAGGGGUGAAACCAAGAAGCCCUCACAUAUUCUCUGAGAACAAUGUCUUCAGAAAAGACUAAGAAGAAAGAGUAAGAAAAAAAUUUUAAUUCUUAAAAUAUACCAUCUUUUUUCAGGAUGAAAAUGAUGAUCCUGAAGAACAACGAGCUCGCGCGAAGGCUUGAAACAGAAAUGGCUAGUUUGCAAGUCGACCUGAAAGACUUCUCAAUCAUCCCGACGCCUUUUGCGACGCCUUCGGAAAGUUUGAAGCCACAGGAACGAGAAAAGACUGCCGAUCCACAAACUGUUACCGCAGUUCCAGAAGAAGAUCAAGUAGAAACUGCGAUGUGCAGGUAAAAAUUACAAAAAAGUGUUCAACGUGAAAAUUCUGUCUUGAUGCGCUCCAUGCUAACAGAAAUUGUUUAGAAAAUAGUUUAAUUUUUUCAAAAAUUAUUUUAAAAAAACCACGUUAUUGCGCGUGUGGUACGUAAACACCUCCAUUGCGUACUUUCAACUUACAGUAAUCCAAUUUCCUUUUUUUGGCGGAUAUCCGCGGAUGAUACCAGCAACCGCUGGGAAAUGUUUUUUUCAAUUAGUUUACGUUCAAAAGAAGUGUUUGUGAAUUCAAGAGCGGUAAAACGGCCUUUUUCCAGAAGUUCAUUAAAUUAUUCGGUAUAACAACUCCAGAAAUAACGUUUUUUUUCUUGAACGAAUAUCACGGAUUUGAUUUCAAUAUUUCUUGGAGCGAAUUUAUUUUGCCUUUUUAUGCUUUUUGUCUGCCGUGUGUCGUUUUUUUUUACGUGUAACUUUUGCCCUUUUCAUGUUGUCGUUGUUGUUUUCUUGUUUUGCUUGAUCAACGCUAGGAAAUAGUCCUUGAAGUAGAGCGCUUUUUAUAUUUAUAGAAAAAGCCCUUGAAUUGUGGAACUGGCCAAUAACUAAUUGAAUCACCAAAUUUAUUUUUUAGUUCCAGAAUAUCCUGA